AUGACCACGAUGCAGGCCAUCGCCUACACGGCCUACGGCGGCCCGAACGUCACCAAGCUUCUGCCCUUGCCCGUGCCGACCGCGACCCCCGGCAGAGUCCUCGUCAAGGUAUCUGGCGGCGGCCUGAACCCCGUCGACGCUCUGCAGCGCAACGGCACCUUCAAGGCGAUCUACGCGUACAAGUUCCCCCAGAUCGCGGGCAACGAGUUCUCGGGCGUGAUCACUGCCGUGGGCGACGGGGUCACCGGCUUCGCCGUCGGCGACAAGAUUGUCGCGCGCAGCGACAAGUCGGAGAUGAACGCGUUCGCAGAGUACAGCGCCAUCAGCGCGUCGCUCAUCGCCAAGGCACCGGCCAACAUCCCGCUCGUGGACGCCGCUGGCCUGCCCCUCGCCGGUUUGACGGCUCUCCAGGCGCUCGACAAGCUCGACGUCAAGAAGGGCGACCACGUGCUCAUCACCGCCGGCGCGGGCGGCGUCGGCCUCCUCGCCAUCCAGCUCGCCAAGCUGCGCGGCGCGACGGUCGCCACGACGGCGUCGCCCGCAGGCGAGAGCUACGUCAAGAAGGCGGGCGCGGACGAGGUGAUCAACUACCGCGAGACCAAGCUGUCGUCCCUCGGCCCGACGUUUGACAAGGUCUUCGACCUCGCCGCGCACAGCGAUGCCGAGAUGCAGGAGACGUUUGCGGCCGUCAAGAAGGGCGGCAAGGUGCUGACCGUGUCGGGCCCGCCCACGCCGAGCGUGUUCGAGGCUGCCGGCCUUCCGUGGUGGAAGAACUGGAUCGUGUCCACGGCUGUCGGGUGGACGUCGCGCGCGACCAUCAACGCCGCCAAGGCCAAGGACAUCGAGUACGAGUUCUUCUUCAUGCGCCCAGACGGCAAGCAGCUCCAGGAGCUCUCGGACCUCGUGGCAGAGGGCAAGCUCGACGUCGUCAUCGACUCGACGUACAAGCUGCCCGAGUGGGAGAAGGCGUUUGAGAAGCUCGAGAGCGGGCGGUCGAAGGGCAAGGUGAUUAUCGACUUUGAGUAG